GAAGUGCCCGCGCUCCCCGUUGUAAGGAAGCCCGGCUCCCUCAGCUCCGUCCUUGUGUGGGCCCCGCGCGCCGCUGGCCGAUCGCGGCCACCUGUUUCCCGCCCCCGUAUUUAAACCGCUUGGCGCGUGCGCGGCCAUUAAACGGUCGGAGUCGGCCCGCUGCUGAGGGAGACCGUCCCGUAUGCCGUCUUUCGCUCCUGUCUGUUCCUGCGGUGCUGCGGUUCAGUAUUUGCAAGGCUUCUGUGGCAUUUUGCUGGAGGUAUUAAAGGUGCUCUGUUUGAUAUGGAGAAUAGCAUCUGGUCUUCUGUGUAUGGCAGUAGUGGAGGGGUGAAAGUGAAUGCGAUUACUUGAGCAGUGCAACUCACAGCUCAGUGAUUGCAGAAAUGACUACCCCAAACAAGACACCGCCUGGUGCUGAUCCAAAGCAGUUAGAGAGGACGGGUACUGUAAGAGAAAUAGGCUCACAAGCAGUUUGGUCACUUUCUUCUUGUAAACCAGGAUUUGGGGUGGAUCAGUUACGAGAUGAUAAUCUGGAAACGUACUGGCAGUCGGAUGGAUCGCAGCCUCAUUUGGUGAACAUCCAAUUUAGACGAAAAACAACAGUGAAGACAUUAUGUAUCUAUGCAGACUACAAGUCUGAUGAAAGCUACACUCCAAGCAAAAUCUCUGUCAGAGUGGGAAAUAAUUUUCAUAAUCUCCAGGAAAUCCGGCAACUUGAAUUAGUGGAACCAAGCGGCUGGAUUCAUGUUCCUUUAACAGAUACCCAUAAGAAGCCUAUCCGCACAUUUAUGAUUCAGAUAGCUGUUCUAGCUAAUCACCAAAAUGGAAGAGACACUCACAUGAGACAAAUCAAAGUGUACACCCCAGUGGAAGAGAGCUCUAUUGGUAAAUUUCCUAGAUGUACAACAAUUGAUUUCAUGAUGUAUCGCUCCAUAAGGUAAAAUUUCCUAAUGGUAAAUAAAGACAUCUUUUCGAUGGCAGUGUUGUUGUUAAAAUACUUGAUUACUUUAAAGCAAGGUUAACUUCAGUGUGAUUCUGUGUUUACAUUUAUGUUUUGUAUGAUUUUGAAAUAAAAUCUUUUAUUACAGU